CUGAAUGGAUUUAAGCAACUCUUUUCCUUUUGCUAGCUUUAAUUUUUCUGAAGAUUUCCGAAACAAAUCUUGGGUUGACAUUAUUGAGGAAGAAGAAAAUAGGCGAGAAGCAGCUUUAGCCAAAAGCAAGGAGUCUGUUGGCGAACCAGAGAUUGUCUCGUCAAAGCCAGAUAUUGGUGUAAAGACUGAAUUAAAAAUUACUGAUUCCUCUUCUGAUCGUCAAACAAAGAAUUCUAAUACUAUUGUCACUUCUGGGCCUCGUUCAAGUAGGAAGAGAGGUUUGCCGACACCAAAAGCUGAAUGGGCCGAACCAACUCAAGUAAAUUUAUUUUUAUUUUUGACUGACAUGAUUUAUUAUUCCCAGGGUUGGUGCUGGAAGAAAGAGACAAUUGCUCGUCGUGAAAAGGAAAUCAAUAAAAUGAAGGAUCGUCCAACUUAUGUGCGUUACAUAGAACAAGUUCCAAAGGAUGAAAGGGAGAAAGGAGUUCAUCCUAAAACACCUAACAAAUUUCUCAAUUGGAGUAGACGAUCAUGGGACAAACAGAUCAAAUUAUGGAAACUUGCAAUAUAUGAAUGGGCAGGGGAAUCGCCAUCUUCAAGUGUUUACGGCUCUUAUUGUUCAUCGGAAUGUAGUGACGAGGAUCGAGCACAAUCUUUGGAACGGCCGCAUUCGGCGGAGCCUUCAACAUCAAAAAAGAUUAAAAUUGAGAGAGACGUUGAACCGAAGAAUAGGAUUGUUAAUAUUCCACCAUCAGCCGACACUAUGGCUUCAUUGUUAGGUUUGUUUUUAUCAUUUUUUCUAUAUAAUUUCCAUUAA